ACGACGUUAUUGCGUCAUGUACUCACCGUGCAGUAUUUUUCAAAGACGAGUCAAUCAUGUUGAAAAGCAUUACUGAAGAAUAGUUAUCCACAUAAUAAUUCUUUUACCUCCAAUUAGUUAUAAUCAAUUUAUUCAUAAUUUACGUAAAUAUGGAAGAAAGUAUUAAUGAAAAUGAUGAAAAGAAGGAAGAAGAUGAAUGGGAAAGUGAUAUAGAUCAUGAUAUAUCACAUAUGGACUAUCGAAUAAGAUGGAUUUGCGAUCGAGUUUUGAAGUUUCUCAGACUGACAGAUCAGGAGCAUCUUUUCAAUAAACUUAUUAAUGCGAAUAAUCGAUAUUUUGAGGACAAAUUGUUUAACUUUCUCAUACUAGACUUGUAUGGCGAGACAGAUCUAGAAAAGAAGCUGAUUUUUUUCUAUAAAACUUAUAUCAGUGAAGUAUUUGAGGAGGAAGUCUCAGUAUGGGAAGAAAGAAAAGAAAAACGCGACGAUGACGACAAGAAGAAAGAUAAAAAACCCAUAAAGAAAAGAAGGGGUAAAGCUAAAGGCAGCAAAGUAGAUACUACUCCAAUUGUUAAUCAUACGGCAAUGAGUACUAACACAUUGCAUACUCCCAGUAUACAAUCUAGUGAAGAGGAAGAAGAGGACGAAGAUGGUGGAGAGGAGGAUGGCAGUGGUGAUUUUUAUACUAGAAAAAAGAGAGAUUUUAAAAGCUCACUUACUGACAGUUUCAUUAUUGCACCACCGCCUGGAGAAGAGGAUAAAUAUGUUCUGACUAAGAAAAUGGUAGAGAAAGUCCGUCAGGUACCGGUGCUUCACAUGAUAUGUGGUCAAAUAGACAGCAGUAGAACCGAUCUACAGGACGUCACGUUCUUCUAUUUUAUGCGCACGAGCGAUGAGGGUAUACCUUCCUUCGAUACUUACGAAGAGUGCCUCAAUGAAAUUACGAAUUACAUAGUGGUUGGCUCGCUUAAUAGCAACUUCUUGGCCUCUUUAAAUAGAAUAUUAGUCAACAAACUGCAACUUAUCCUAGCAAACUAUAAUGCUGUGCAUUUAAAGCUAUCGUUUUUUAUACGUCAUCGGCAUUGUAAAUUAAAAAAUUUUUUUAUAUACAUUUUUUGUGUAUUUAAACCAUUAGUGGAAAAUCAAUUUAGAAGGCCGGAUACUCGUGGGCAUUUCCAAACGAAGAAAAUAGAUAAUGAAAAACGAAAAAAGAUAGACGUAGAAACAGAAUCAUUGAUGAGAUCAUCCCAGUUCGUAACAGGAUCUACUUUAGUAUCCAGACAGAAUUUGGACACAAAAGGAAAGGGAGACAAUGAAGAAACAAUUUCCGUAACCACUUUACAGGAUGAAGAUUCAAAAAGUCAAAAAUUAAAGUCUUUAAAAAGAUUUGAUAAGAGAUCCGAACCGUCUGUUUCGGAAUCCAAAUCUAGCAAAUCGGUUAGUUUAAAGGAAACAGAAAAACUACCAGUGAACGAACAGAUCAAGAAAGAUAUUUUAGAUUAUCUAGACAAAUUAAUCGAAAAAACGGAGUGGACGUUGGAACAUGUCGAAGGCGAUAUUUUGCUGACUAUGCCGAAAAUUCCAGAAUUGAAUGACCCUGCAAUAACAGACGAUAUGUUAUUAAAAAAUAAGGAUAUCGUUGAACAAAUGGAAGAAGUAGCUGUGUCGUGGGAAAAACAUAUACAAAAGAUAAUAGAAUCGUACGAGAGCAAAACAGCUCCGGGGAAGGGGCCAAUAGCGGAGUAUCAAUACUGGCAGGAUUGCGAAACUGGAUUAACAAUAUUGAUUGAACAAUUAAAAUUGCCUGUCAUUAAGAGGAUUCUUACUCUUCUGGAACAAGCAGUCUCGCCAAUCGCCUCCAGUUUCCAUUAUUAUGAAACCGAACUUUGGAAGCACUAUGCUGAAGCCAGAGAUAAUAAUAAAUUUAUUCAAACUUUGCUAAGGUAUUUCAAGUUGAUUACUGAGUCGGAUUCAUUUGAAUCUAUAACGGAAUGCAUUCCCUCACUGAUGGAAGGAUUACGAAUGCUAUGGGUGUUAUCGAGUUAUUAUUGUCACGAAGAGAAGAUAACGCUAUUGAUGGAACAGAUAUCAUGGCAGCUCUGCGAGAAUGUUAAACAAAAUUUAGCGAUCGUUUUGCUGUUUAAGAAACCUCUGGAAGAAAUUCUGAAGAAGACAAGUGAUGCCAACGCGAUGCUAAAGCAGUGGAAACAAUCGUAUUUUAAGACCAGACUUGACAUUGAACUGUCGGGGAAAGAAGCUCGCUGGGAAUUUGAUCAGAAGCGUCUUUUCCAGAACACGGAGUACAUCGCCGAGGUGUGUAGCGAUCUCCACAAGAUUACCGGUGUCUUGCAAGACUUCUACAAUAUCUUUGGACCCGAUCUGAAGUCCAUCAUAAAUGAUCCGGCGCAGAUAGACACAGUGAUAAAACGAGUAGACGCGCUGAUAGUGCCGAUUGAGGGGGCUGAUUUUGACAUUUUCAAUGCGUUCAACAAGGAGAACUGGGAGGUAUUGAUGACGUGGUUCUACGAGCAAGUGAUGUUCCUGGAAGAUCAGGCCAAGUUCUACAUCGAUGAGUGCUUCACGGUGUUAAUUAGUGCUGAGAAUUCGCUGGAGAUGUUGCUCAAGUUUAAGAAUAUGAAGACCCGUGCCGCGAUUCAAAGCCAGUUACUCCGGAAGUUCGAUGUCAUCAUGCAGCAGUUUAGCAAGGAGAUCAAUAUUGUGGAAAACAUAUAUCAACGUGGCAAGCGGAAUCCACCGUUGUUGACGUAUCAUCCGCCGAUGGCGGGAGCGAUCUUCUGGGUGAAGCAGCUGUUCCACAGACUGCGCAAGCCAGUGCUGAUUUUUCAAGAAGUGCGCGAGCUGAAGCACAGCCCGGUGAAACUCCUUGCGUUUAAACAGUACUACGAUCUUGCGAAGCAACUGAAGGAAUUCGAAGAAGCGAAAUUCAAUGCGUGGCUCGAUAAGGCGCUGCUGACGGUGAAUACCAUCAUGAAGAAGAGUGUGCUAAAAGUAGUUCGAGUAGAACGGGAUCCUUCGGCCUUAAUUUUCUUCGCUGAAGAGCAAGCCGCGAAGGAUCUUCAUUUGAAAACAAAGGGCAAAGAUAUGGGUUCCGUCCUGUCGAUUCCACAGGAAUCCUUGACGAAGGUAGAUGGUAUAAUAUCAAAAUUCAGGGCGAAAAUAAGUCCCGAUGCCGCAGGAUCUAGGGUUAUUUCCAUGCAUCAAUCACGUCCGGAAUUUAUGAGCGACACCAUUUUGGAGGAGUGUCAGCUGCGCUUUCAAGUCAACUUCGAUUGGGAAGUAUUCGAGGUGAUCAGAGAGGCAGAACUAAUGGAGCAACUUGGUUUUGAAUUACCCACGACUAUCAGAGACAUCGGUAUUCAAAAAAAUAGACUCAGAGCGGAUAUCGAUGCCAUCACGAAGAUGAUCGAUCAGUAUAACAACAUUCUGGAUACGUUGGACAGGGCAGAUACACAACUGUUGAAGCAGACUUUGCAGGACGUUGAGAAGAACAUUCAACCUGGAUUGACGCGAUUCAAUUGGAAUUCCCUAAGCAUUUCGGAUUAUGCGGCCGCUUGUCAUAGAAUACUUAAAAAUUUAAAUUCCAUCGUCGAUCAAAUCAAUCAGAUAAAGAAAGAGCUCGAUAGUCGAAUAGAAUCUGAAUUGCAAUCAUAUCAUCUGUUUUCUACGAAGAUGGAAAUCACUGAAUCAGAAGAUCUCUUGUCAUGCAAGAGUUAUUUUAUAGAAAUAAAAAAUCAACGAUCCGAACUAGUGUCAUCGAUGUUAAAGACUUAUCAUUCAAUUAGUCCAAUGCUUGUGAAAUUAGAAAGUUUGGUAUUAGGCACUUCUACUGGAGCAAGUCCAGCCAUGCAGCUCUUAUAUGAAAAAUAUGAGAAGAAAAUUUUUGCUGCCUUUAUUAUAUGUAUGGCAAGAAACAUGGAAGUUUUAAAUAAAAUGUUAAACGGCACCAAGCCGAUCUUUCAAGUAGACGCAUUAUUAAUAACAUCUGAAGUAAUAUUACGUCCGUCACCCAACGAGAUCUAUAACACCAUUUGUCAUGAUAUACGAGAUCUACUUGAGAAACUUAAAGAAUUUUCUAGGUGGAUGAAUGGAACUUGCUUAGAAUGCAAACCACAAAAAAAAGAAUUUUCAGAAGCUUUAGUUACUUUCAGUUUUUUCGAAGAUGUGAUGAGUAUUCGAAUAAUUAACGAAUUGGUGAAAGUAGUUCAGGAUACGGCAUACAGAAUCUCAACGGAAUGCUGGCGAUAUCUACAUAGGUGGAAAAAAUAUAGUAAUUUAUGGUCAUUUGACAAAAAUUCAGUUUGCGAGAAAUUCGCGUCGACGAAACCUACACUUCUACAAUACGAUGAAAAGUUCACGUUUUAUGAAAGCAUUCUGGAAGACCUCGAAGAUAUGUCGCCUUAUUUCGACAUAAAUAGUGUACGGCUCAACUUGAAACCGCUUUUAUCAAGCAUCGAGAAUCAAGCAAAGGAAUGGAAGCAGGUUUUAGGGAAUUAUCUUCUGUCCGAUACCGUGUUAGCUAUGAGUCAAUUGAAAACUCAAAUCGACAUUUUUCGCAGCGAAAUUGAAUUCGUGGUUACUGGAUUGGAUCGUUUCACGAGGGUCAUGCAGGCGAUCACCGACGUGAAAAACAUGGCAAUUCGAACUGAGGUGCAAUAUCUCGGUUAUCAAGAAUGUUUUCAAACUAUGCGUACCCAUGGAAUUGUUUUUCCCCCGUCCGAUGAAGAGAUGGCAUACAAAUUACAACGCGACUGGGAGUCUUUGUAUCUCGGAGCGCUCUACAGAAUCUCAACCCUGGAAAGCACCAACGAUAAAUUUUCCGAAGUGACUAAAGAUCAGAUCGAGCAGUUUUUGGCUGAAAUCGCGACAUUCGCCGAAGAUUUUGAGGCACACGGUCCCGGAAGCAUCGGGGACGAUUUGGAAUUAGGACUAAAAAAAAUGGAUGAAUAUGAUAAGUUGAUCAACAAGUACGAGGAAAGACGACUGAAUCUGAUAAAGUUAGAAGACUUGUUUAGCUUACCGUCUACCGACUAUUCAACUCUCCUCAAGAUCAAAAUGGAAUACGAGGACAUGGAAGUGUUAUACAAUCUCUACAAGCAGCAGAGAAGCGCGCGAGAGAUUUGGGCGAAGACUCUAUGGGUGAACUUGAAUCCUCAGCAGCUUAUCGAGGGUAUGGAACACUUCCUAAGAGAGUUCCGACUAUUGCCAAAGUCUAUCAAGAGUAUGAAUAUCGGCCAUGCACUGGAGACCAACAUGAAGAAUUUCAAAAACUCGGUGUCGCUCUUCAUCGAACUGAAAAAUGAGGCUAUACGCGAGAGACAUUGGCAAGAUUUGAUGAAAAGGACCGGACAAUAUUUUGAUAUAGACCCAGACAGAUUUACUUUAGAAAAUAUGUUUGCUAUGGAGUUAGAAAAAUAUCAAGAUAUCGUACAAGACAUUGUAAUGACCGCUGUAAAAGAACUUGCAAUAGAAAGAGGCGUGAAAGAAUUAGCGGAAGUAUGGAAGUCCAUGGUACUCAAUGUGGUAAAACAUUACAAAGGUACAGAAGAUCGUGGCUUUAUUCUUGGACCACUCGACGAAUUGAAUUCAGUACUCGAAGACAACAUGCUGACCGUGCACAGUAUGGCAGCUUCGCAAUUUGUCGGACCAUUCCUCAAUGUCGUUCAAAAAUGGGAACACACGAUGCAUACAAUCUUCGAAGUUUUGGAGGUGUGGGUGGACUUUCAGCGAAAGUGGCUGUAUCUCGAGGGCAUCUUUAUGGGCGGUGACAUCCGUCUUCAGCUGCCAGACGAAACAAAAAGAUUCGAUAAUGUCGAUCAAGCCUACCGAAAAAUCAUGACAGAUACAUCGAAGAGGCUUAAUGUCUUAGAAUGUUGCAUGAUUUAUGGUCGAAAGAACGAGUUUGAAGUCAUGAUAGCCGCCCUCGAGAAGUGUCAAAAAUCUUUGACGGAAUACUUGUAUAAUAAGCGCAUUAUGUUCCCGAGAUUCAAUUUUAUUAGCGACGACGAACUGCUAAGCAUUCUUGGCAAUCCUAUGGCAAUUCAGGAACAUGUAGGAAAAAUGUUUGAUAAUCUCGAUAAGUUCAUAUUGAUAUUAAGUGACACAGAUAGAUUGGUAGCUACGGCCCUUAAAUCCUGCGAAGGAGAAAUUAUGGAAUUCAAGAAUCCCGUAUCCACGGAAGAUCAGGUCGAAAUUUGGAUGAAUCUCGCUCUUGAGGAAAUGAAAAGAUCAAAUCGAUAUUUGACAAAGAAAGCGGUUUACAAUUACGGCAAGGUGCGAAGACCAAGAACACAAUGGAUACUUGAGUUUCAAGGAAUGAUGGUUCUCACAGCUAAUCAAAUAUGGUGGACUGCAGAAGUCGAGAAUGUUUUUGACAAAAUAUCCAAAGGGAAUAAACGCGCAAUGAAAGAAUAUUUACAACAACUCAAUGAUCAAUUAGACGAAGUCGUGACAUUGAUGGGUACGGAAAUGCUUACGAAUAAUGAUAGGAAGAAGAUUGACAUGGUUUUAACUAUUGACGUGCAUAUUCGUGACAUUAUUGAGAGCUUUGUUAGGGACAGCAUUGUGGAUCCUACGGAAUUCGAAUGGGAGAGCCAAUUGAGAUUUUACUGGGUUCACGAUCUGGACAAUGUAUGGAUGAACCAAUGUACAGGCACAUUCGAAUAUGGUUAUGAGUAUAUGGGUCUUAAUGGUAGAUUGGUUAUUACCCCUUUGACGGAUAGAAUAUAUCUUACGAUGACACAAGCCCUCUCGAUGCACUUAGGUGGUGCACCGGCUGGUCCCACUGGAACGGGAAAAACUGAAACAGUCAAAGAUUUAGCAAAAGCUCUGGGGUUUUUAUGUAUCGUGACUAAUUGUGGAGAGGGAAUGGACUACAUAACGAUCGGAAAGACUCUGAGUGGUCUUGCUCAGUGUGGAGCAUGGGGAUGUUUUGAUGAGUUCAAUCGUAUCGACAGAUCUGUUCUCUCUGUUAUCUCGACACAACUGCAGACUAUACGUUCCGCGCUACAAGUUAAAGCUCAAAAAUUCAUGUUUGAGGACCAAGAUAUUGUAUUGGACUCGAAAGUAGGGAUCUUCAUCACUAUGAAUCCAGGAUAUGCCGGUCGUACGGAGUUACCGGAGUCAGUUAAAACCUUCUUUAGACCAGUGGUUUGCGUAGUGCCGGACAGCGAAUUAAUCUGCCAGAUUAAGCUGUUCAGUGCCGGUUUCCUGACGGCAAAAUUGCUCGCGAAGAAAAUGACGGUUCUCUACAAGAUGGCGAACGAGCAGCUGAGCAAGCAAAUGCACUACGACUUUGGCUUACGAGCCCUCAAAUCCGUGCUCAAUAUGGCCGGUCACCUGAAGAGAACUUCCGAUGAUUUACCUGAGAACGUUGUGCUGAUGAGAGCUCUCAGAGAUAUGAACUUGUCUAAAUUUAUUUCUGACGACGUACCACUCUUCCUGGGUCUGAUUCGGGAUCUCUUCCCCGAUUUGGAUUGUCCCAAGGUGUCCUAUCCAGAUUUUAAUGAAGCAAUUGAAACGGUUUUAAAAGAACAUGGCUAUAUCAUUGUACCUGAGCAAGUUGAUAAAGUCAUUCAAUUAUAUGAAGUGAUGAUGACUAGACAUUCGACAAUGGUCAUCGGUCCCACUGGUGGUGGUAAGACAGUGAUCAUCGAAACACUCUGCAGAGCACAGACACAUCUUGGUAAACUCAUCAAACUACACAUUUUAAAUCCUAAGGCUUACACCGUCGUCGAAUUAUAUGGAACGCUCGAACUUACGACACGCGAGUGGUCGGAUGGGAUUCUGAGUAAUAUCUUUCGCGAAAUUAACCGACCAUUGGAUUCCGACAAGGAUGAGCGAAGAUACAUACUUCUCGAUGGUGAUGUCGAUGCGUUAUGGAUCGAAAACAUGAACUCGGUAAUGGAUGACAAUAAAUUAUUGACUCUGGCCAAUCAUGAAAGGAUCAAACUACAGAAUUAUUGCAGCCUGCUCUUCGAGGUAGGUGACUUGCAAUAUGCUUCACCUGCGACAGUUUCAAGAGCAGGUAUGGUCUAUGUUGACCCGAAGAAUCUGGGCUAUCAACCAUACUUGAACAAGUGGAUAGAAGCCAAAAGUGAAGUUGAUCAAGAUUUUCUUCAGAGAAUGUGCAAGAAAUAUGUGGUCAACUCACUUAAAUUCAUUACCGAAGGAAUGUUAGGCCUUCAGGCAAUCAAGCCACUUCGAACGAUCAUACCACAAACUGAACUCAAUAUGGUAACUCAGUUCUGCUAUGUGUUCGAGGGUUUGCUAUUCUUGCUGGAAGACAAGUUGGCAAGAAAAAAGUUAGAAGAAAAGGUCAGUGUGAUGGUAACGAAAGAGGAACUCUGGGAAGCGAUGUGUAUUCAAGCAUGCUAUUGGUCGUUCGGUGCAUCUAUUCUAGAUGAAGAACGGCCCAAUUUUGAUACAUACAUAAAGAAUAUAUGUGGACGUAUGCGAACGCGAGAUACACCUGCUAAGUUAGCAACUGCUAGAUACAUACCUGCAUCUUUUCCGACCAUGUAUGAUUACGUAUUGGACGUCAAGAAAAAGAGUUGGAUGGCGUUGAAAUGGUUGGUACCACAGUAUCUUCAUGACAGAGAGAAGGACUUCUCGGACAUUUUAGUACAGACAAUCGAUACGCUGCGUAUCACGUGGUUCGUAAAUCUCAUGAACAAUCUACAGAGACCUGUAUUGUUAGUCGGAGAAACUGGCACGUCGAAAACGGCCAUUAUUCACGAAUUUCUAAGGAAUUUGAAUCCUGAAAAAUAUGAACAGCUCUUAAUUAACUUCUCCUCGAGAACCACCUCACUUGACGUACAAAAAAAUAUUGAAUCAGCAGUGGAGAAAAGAUCGAGAGAUAUAUUUGGGGCACCACCUGGGAAGAAAUUAAUAAUUUUUAUCGACGAUAUGAAUAUGCCGAUCGUGGAUACUUACGGAACUCAACAGCCUAUCGCGUUUCUUAAAUUGCUGUUUGAGAGAGGUGGUUUUUACGAUCAUGGACGUAAUUUAAAUUGGAAAUAUAUGAGAGAUAUUUAUUAUUUAGCAGCCAUGAGAGAACCCGGUGGCGGUAGAAAUGAAGUCGAUCCGCGAUUUAUUUCAAUGUUCUCGAUUUAUAACGUAACUUUCCCAUCGAAUGAGACUCUCAAUUACAUUUAUACGAGCAUCUUGUCCGGUCAUCUACAAUCGUUUUCGGAGGCAGUUCAAUCUAUUGUAAGCGGACUCAUACGAUUGAUGUUGGAACUUUACGAGAUAGUUAGGAAGAAACUAUUACCAACACCGUCCAAAUUUCACUACAUUUUUAAUAUGCGAGAUCUCUCAAGAAUUAUGGCUGGAUUACUUCAGAGUUAUCCUAACUUUUUCCCGGAUGUAAAGCAAUUUGUUAGGCUUUGGAGAAACGAGAUUACCAGAGUUAUAUGCGAUCGUCUCGUUAAUGCGCAAGAUCAGAAUUGGGUAAUCGAACAACUGAAUGAAAAGAUACGGAAUUAUUGGGAGAUAGAACCUGAAGUGGUUCAAUAUAGUUUAAGAGACCCGAUGCUCUACGGUGAUUUCAGAAAUGCCUGUAACGAGGCUGAACCUAGAUUUUACGAAGAUUUGCUGGAUUAUGAAGCAGUUUACAGCUUAUUUUUAGAGAUUUUUGAAGAGUACAACGAGAAAAACAGGAUUAAGCUGCAUAUGGUUCUCUUCAAUGACGCACUUGAACAUCUGACCAGAGUGCAUCGUGCACUUCGGAUGCAUCGUGGCCACGUGCUGGUCAUCGGUACUGGUGGCAGUGGCAAAAAAUCUGUGAUAAAGUUAGCAUCCUUUGCCGCUGGUUAUCAGGUCUUUCAGAUUGCUCUAAGUCGCGGAUAUAAUGAAUCGUUCUUCCGCGAAGACAUCAAGAAUCUAUACAAUAUGGUAGGCAUAGAAAACAAGAAGGUUGUGUUUAUGUUCACAUCUACUCAUAUCAAGAAUGAGAGUUUCCUUGAGCUGGUGAAUAGCAUGCUAACGACGGGCUUCGUACCGACUCUCUUCAACGAUGAAGAGAAGGACAUAAUCGUCACUUCUUGCAGAGAUGCAGCGAUUAAAGCAGGUUUUGAUGUCUCAAAGAAGAGUGUCUGGUCGUAUUUUAUCAAAACGUGCAUCGCGAAUUUGCGAAUAGCAUUGGCAAUGAGUCCAUCGGGCGACGCUUUGCGGAUACGGUGUCGUAAUUACCCCGGUUUGAUCAACAACACUACCAUAGAUUGGAUGUUUCCGUGGCCACAGCAGGCUUUAGCGGCAGUGGCAAAUGUUCUUCUCAGAGAUAAUCCAAUUGUGCCGCAAGAAUAUAAGGAAACAAUUGUAAAACAUAUCGUGUACGUCCAUACAUCUGUGUUGCAAUACACUGUGAACUUUGCGAAGAAACUGAGGAGACGAAAUUACGUCACGCCGAGACAUUUCUUGGAUUUUAUCAAUACUUAUCUAAAACUACUCUUGGAAAAGAAAAAUUUCAUAAAUUCGCGCUGCACCCGUCUUUCCGGAGGAUUACAGAAGAUUACGGAAGCCUCGGUAACCUUGACAGAGUUGAAUAAAGCUUUAGACAUGCAAAUAAUCAAAGUGAAUGCUCAAACGAAAAGUUGCGAAAAGUUGCUCGCAUCCAUUGGUGAGAGCACAGACAUAGUGAUGGAGAAGAAGAAUUUAAGCGAAGAAAAGAGGAAAGAAAUCGAGGAUAAGAAGAAAAUAAUUGCUAAGGAACAAAGAGAAGCUAAGCUGGUUUUAGCGGAGGCUCAACCGGCUCUCGAUGCGGCCAAACAAGCAUUGAGCGAACUUGAUAAAGCAGAUAUUACUGAGAUAAGAUCUUUUGCCACUCCACCUGAACCGGUACAGAUUGUUUCGGAAUGCGUCGCGAUUCUCCGAGGUGUCAAGGACAUAUCCUGGAAGGGAGCGAAGGGCAUGAUGAGUGAUCCAUUUUUCUUGAAGAACUUGCAGGAGAUGAAUUGUGAUCAGAUCACUCUGAAGCAGCAGCAAGCGGUACGGGCGCAUUUGAAGAAGACAGACAAGUUGGAUCAAAUGCAGGUCAUCAGCAAAGCGGGAUACGGUUUAUACAAAUUCGUGCUUGCUGUUCUGGAUUAUUGUACUGUUUAUAGAGAGGUAAAGCCAAAGAUCGACAGAGUUCAGGAACUCGAAGAAGAAUCCGAAAAAGCUAGGCGUGCGAUAGAAAAGGAAGAACGGGAAUUAAAGCGACUGGAGAAAAUGAUCCAAGAGUUAAAUGCGAAAUACGAUGCCGCGAUGGCCGAGCGACAGAAUCUUCAGGACGAAAUGGAUUUGUUGCAACGACAUUUCUUCGCUGCCGAUAAGCUUAUCUCUGGAUUGACUUCCGAGAAUGAACGAUGGCAGAAGGAUCUGGAGAUUCUUCAAGAUGACAUGGAGAAAAUCACCGGAAAUUGCUUGCUCGGAGCAGCAUUUCUGGCUUACAGCGGACCCUUUUCAUAUGAGUUCAGAAAUGAGAUGUACAACGACUGGCAGAGAAGCAUUCUAGAUAAGAAGUUGCCAUUAUCAAAGCUUUUCAAACUUGAAACACAACUGAGCGACGAUGUUGAAAUCAGCAAGUGGAAUUCAGAAGGUCUCCCUCCAGAUGAACUAUCUGUGCAAAAUGGCAUACUGACUAUGAAAGCAUCCAGAUUUCCGCUUUGUAUCGAUCCUCAGCAACAAGCGUUGAAUUGGAUUAAGAAGAAAGAACAGAAAAAGUAUCUGAAAAUACUCUCCUACACUGAUGCGGAUUUCUUGAAGCAAAUUGAAUUGGCGAUUAAAUAUGGCCUACCUGUGCUUGUUCAAGAUGCCGACGAGGUCGAUCAUAUUUUGGAUAACGUUUUAUCGAAAAAUAUUCAGACUGUAGCGGGACGAACUUUCGUUAUUGUCGGCGACAAAGAGAUAAAUUAUGAUCCACAAUUUCGAAUAUAUUUGACAACGAAAAUGACCAAUCCAAUGUUAGAUCCUGAUUUGUAUGCUAAGGCAGUCGUCAUCAAUUAUACGGUUACCACAGCAUGUUUAGAAAAUCAACUUCUAUCAGUUGUGGUAAAAAUCGAAAAACCAGAUAUCGAGGAGCAACGUGAAACACUGAUCAUGGAGACGAGCGAAAACAAGAAUUUGUUGCAGCAAUUGAAAGAUAAUCUUCUACGUGAGAUCGUUACGAACCAAGGCAGCAUGCUGGAUAAUAUCGAACUGAUUGAGACUCUGGAGAACAUCACGUCAAGCGUCAACGAGAUGAAGACCAAGCUGUCGCUCGCGGAGAUUACUUCAGCCGACAUAAAUAAACUUCGCGAAAAUUAUCGUCCGGUGGCACAACGAGGUGCAAUUCUGUUCUCUGUAUUGAUUGACAUGGCUACUGUGAACGCUAUGUAUCAAUAUUCUUUGAUCAGCUAUGUCGAAGUGUUCAUUCACUCGCUGAAGAGAUCGCUGCCAGAUCCAGUGCUUGCCAAACGACUGGAAAACAUAAUUCCGAUGUUGACAAAGAAUGUCUAUAAUUAUGUCUGCACUGGCAUUUUUGCGCGGCAUAAGCUGCUCUUUUCCUUACAAAUUUGUUUAAAAAUAGAGCAAAGUAUGGGCAAUGUGAAUCAAAAACAGCUGGAUUUCUUCGCCAAGGGCAGUGUAACUCUGGAAAAAUCAUCAAAAUCGAAUCCCAUCGAGUGGUUGUCAUUAUCAGGUUGGGAAGAUGUUCUCAAAUUGGCAAGUGAUUUCCCAGAGAAGUUUGGACAGCUUCCAGAAGAAUUACGAGACCACGAGGAUGAAUGGAAGAAGUGGUACGACUCGGAUUCGCCAGAAUCGGAAGAACUUCCAUGUGACUAUAGCAUGCGAUUGACAUCAUUCGAGAAGCUAAUGCUGAUGCGCUGUUUUCGCGUGGAUCGCGUUUAUUGCGGCAUUACUAAUUACAUUACUGAGAUUAUGGAUGAACAAUAUAUCACGCCGCCUUACAUGAGUUUUGAUAUGAUUUUCGAGGAGAGUACAUCCACUAUGCCUGUAAUCUUCAUUCUGAGUCCGGGUUCGGAUCCCACGUCGGAGUUAAUGAAGUUAGCUGAUCGAUAUGGCUACGGCGGAGGAAAAUUCAUACAUCGUUCAUUGGGUCAGAAUCAAGACAAGAUCGCGAUGGAAUUAUUGGAAGCAGCAAUGACGAGAGGCCAAUGGCUGAUGUUGCAAAACUGCCAUUUGCUGUUAUCUUUCAUAAAGGAUUUAGAAAAAAUCGUGGAGAACAUGGAGAAGCCUCAUCCUGAUUUUCGCUUAUGGCUUACCACAGAACCUACUCCUAAUUUUCCAAUCGGAAUACUCCAACAAUCUCUAAAAGUGGUGACGGAACCGCCGAGUGGAUUGAAGCUAAACUUGCAGAACACAUACUUCAAAAUGCGACCGCAGCUCUUGGAAAGUUGCCCUCAUCCUCUUUACAAGCAUUUAAUUUACGUUCUAGCAUUUUAUCAUGCAGUUAUUCAGGAGAGAAGAAAGUAUGACAAAAUUGGAUGGAACGUACAGUACGACUUCAACGAGUCAGACUUUAAUGUGUGUAUUAGCAUCUUGGACACUUAUUUGACAAAGGCACUGGCAACAAAGGAAUCUAGCGUACCGUGGAAUAGUCUCAAGUAUUUAAUUGGCGAAGUGAUGUAUGGCGGAAGAGUGAUUGACAGUUACGAUCGUCGCGUCUCGCACACGUACAUGGAUGAAUAUUUCGGUGAUUUUCUCUUCGACGAGUUUCAGCCAUUUCAUUUUUACAAAGACGAAACGGUCGACUAUGUGAUACCGCCGGAGGGAGAUCGUAAUGAUUACUUGAGAUUCAUUCAAGAGCUUCCGCUGGUAAAUAGCCCGGAGGUGUUUGGGUUGCAUCCAAACGCCGAGAUUGGAUAUUUCACGAAGGCGGUUAAAGGAAUGUGGAGACAUCUCAUUGAAAUUCAACCGCAAACUGUCGAGGACAUUGUCGGCAUCAACAAGGAUGAAUUCGUCGAUAAUGUAGCGAAAGAGGUCUUGACCAAGAUACCUGCGCCAUAUGAUAUUAAUAAGGUCAAGAUAAAUUUUGGCGUGGCCGUGACACCGACCGCGAUCGUUCUAUUUCAAGAAUUGGAGAGAUUCAACAAAUUGAUAGAAACGAUUACGAGAACGUUGAACCAACUGAGGAAGGCGAUCGCCGGCGAAAUUGAGAUGGACGCAGUGUUGGAGAACAUUUCCGUGGCACUUUAUAAUGGUAGUCUACCCAAAGAAUGGGCGAAAUUGGCACCAGACACGCGAAAGAAUCUCGCCGGCUGGAUGGACCACUUUCAGAAGAGGAUAGACCAAUAUACAAAUUGGUCCGGUGCGAACGAACCCGUGGUGCUCUGGUUGUCCGGAUUGCAUGUUCCGGAAACUUAUCUGGCGGCUUUAAUGCAAAUGGCUUGCCGCAAAAACAAUUGGCCCCUCGAUCAUUCCGUUGUUUACACAACGGUGUCCAAGUUCUCUAGACCUGACGAGGUAGAAGAAAGACCUGAUCAGGGAUGUUACGUGUAUGGAUUAUAUUUGGAAGGCGCUAGAUGGGACAUCGAGGAGCGUCGUUUAAAAAGAUCACAUCCGAAAGUUCUGAUAGAAAAGCUGCCAAUAUUAACUAUCAUACCUACUGAAGUUCAUAGACUGAAGUUACAGAAUACGUUUAAAACUCCAGUAUAUACCACAUUGAAUCGACGAAAUACUCUCGGUGUUGGUUUAGUGUUUGAAGCAGAUUUAGCGACUCCGGAACAUAUUUCGCAUUGGAUACUUCAGGGUGUUUGUCUAGUGUUAAAUAUAGAUUGAAAUAGUAAAAAGUUCAAGAACUGCUACAGUCUUCAGUAAUUCAUGUAUUAAUAGAUUUACUAUUAAUUAUACUUGUAAUAUAAAA